AUGUUAAAACUACUACUAGCUCCUCAUCGACAAAGCUGUUGGCAUGGCCUGCUACGAUCAUCUCCAUACGGCACCGACAGUAAAUACGUAUUGCACAAAACAAUCCAAUCGUUUGGUGCUGGCAGGUCCGGAUUUUUGCAACCCGUCCGCAAUACGAUGCUUCGCCCUGUUCGCUCAGCGCACACCGUGACGAAAACGGGCUGCCGAGGUUCCCGUGUGAUAAAGCUUCUGCUUGGUGGAACCGCUUUGAGCCUAACGUUAGGUUAUCAUUAUCAGAAGCGAUUUGUGCAUUGCGAAGCAUCUGUGAAUCGGCUUGCCGGUCAGCGGCAAUCGUUAGACGAUGGAGCUGUUCGGUUCGAUUGGUGGAAGUUUUGGCUGUAUCUAAAAAAGCAUCUAGGAAAACUAAUAGGCGCUGUUUUGGCCGCCCUCGCUGUAGCAUAUUUCAACAUUCAAAUACCGAACCUACUCGGUGUGAUUGUCAACAAGCUGGCUCGAUACGCUGGCACUAGUCUUAAGGAUGUUGAUACGGCUAGCUUUUUUCGAGACAUGAGAGGCCCAGCGUUACAACUGUUCGGCAUGUACCUGGCCCAGUCGGGCUUCACCUUCUUGUACAUACUGCUGCUCAGCCAAAUUGGCGAGCAAAUGGCGGCCAGCAUCCGGCAAGAUUUGUUCAAGCAAAUCAUCAUCCAAGACCUAGAAUUCUUCGACCACAAUCGAACGGGCGAGUUGGUUAACCGGCUAACGGCGGAUGUGCAAGAUUUUAAAUCAAGCUUCAAGCAGUGUAUCUCGCAGGGGCUACGGAGCUUCGCCCAGCUUGUCGGCGGCGGUAUAUCAUUAUUCUGGAUCUCUCCACAGUUGGCCAGCAUCGCUCUCGUGUCGGUACCCGUGGCCGUGGUGAUGUUUUCCUUACUUGGCCGCUCGUUGCGCCAUCUCAGUAAAAAGUCCCAGGCGCAAUCGGAACGGGCCACAUCGGUGAGCGAGGAAGCGCUUUCCAACAUCCGCACCGUGCGUGCCAGCGCCAGCGAGCACAGUGAAGUGGAGCUAUUCCGCGUGGAGACGCAAAAGUCCGCCGAGUUAUCUCAACAGCUCGGUGCGGGAAUUGCAGUGUUCCAGGCGCUCAGCAACCUCUGCCUUAACGGGAUGGUUUUGACCACGUUGCUGCUCGGAGGUCACUUUAUGUCUGCAAACUCGAUUAGUGCUGGCGAUCUGAUGGCGUUUCUAGUCGCGGCUCAAGGCGUGCAGCGAUCGCUAGCACAAGGCUCUAUCCUGCUCGGAUCGGUUAUCCGUGGCAUGACGGCCGGAGCGCGGGUGUUUGAGUAUCUUAGCCUCGAGCCUCGGGUGGAUCUUAAGCACGGGCUAAUCAUACCGGAGAGUAACCUGCGCGGUGAGGUUCGCUUCGAAGGAGUACAGUUCGUGUAUCCGACGCGCCCCAACCAGCGUGUAUUGAAAGACUUCAAUCUUGUGUUACGACCCGGCCAAACGGUGGCGCUGGUUGGUGCGAGUGGAAGCGGAAAAUCCACCGUUGCUUCUCUACUCGAGCGGUUCUACGAACCGACCGUUGGUCGCAUCACUAUCGAUGGGUACGAUCUUGGUCACCUUGCGCCAAAUUGGCUGCGAGGAGAGCUGAUUGGUUUCAUCGAACAGCAACCGGUGCUGUUCGGAACGACGAUCUACGAAAACAUUCGAUACGGCCGUCCGAAUGCCACACGAGAGGAGGUGUUGCAGGCCGCUAAGCAAUCGCAAUCGCACGAGUUCGUCAGUAAACUCCCGGACGGCUAUGAAACGAUGGUUGGCGAACGGGGAAUUCAACUAAGCGGUGGCCAACGGCAGAGGAUCGCGAUUGCGCGCGCAUUGCUUAAGCAACCGACCAUUUUAAUACUUGACGAAGCGACCAGCGCGCUCGAUGCGGCAAGCGAAGCCGUCGUGCAGAGUGCCUUGGAUGCGGCCGUCCUCGAUCGGACGACGCUCGUAAUAGCGCAUCGACUUUCGACGAUCCGGAACGCGGACGUCAUCGUGGUGCUGGACCAGGGCCAGAUCGUGGAAGUGGGCACGCAUGACAGUUUGAUCAAGGCGCAGGGGUACUACUACGAGCUGGUGAAGCAGCAAGAACGGCAGCAACGGCAGGAACAGAACGACUCGCGACAACAGGGUUGAAGGAAUGUUAUUGGUUUUUUGUUACUUUAGCCGAAUUGUUGUUUAGAUUAGAUCGCGCAUUGAGGUUGAAGGUAUUCAAAUGCACGUGGGCAAUCAAUGUUAGAAGCCCGCGGAAAAACGGUUCUUUGCAUUCUAGAUAUUAUUUAUGAAGUGGAAUAGAAGAAAUGUUGACCAUGAAAUAGAAUAUGGUUGAGG